UAUGUAGGUGCAUGGGCAGCAUGGCAACUUUAUCUUUAUCUCUAAAGUUACAUUUACCAAGACAUGAGGCUGUUGAUGCUUAGCUACCUAGGCUCACAUCCAUGAUGUAUCACUACAACUAGUAAAUAGGACCCUAUGUCUUGUAAGGAACAACCUUACAUGACUACCUUCUAAAUAACUAUGAGUGCAUAGAUUUUAACGAUGUUUAUCUUUAUAACUCAUCAUAGAUUAGGCUUGGACUGUCUGUCAGCAAAGAUGUCAGGCAUUGUCAGCCCUUUACCUACAUCCUACGUACUCUUUGCAGUGGUAGAUUCCUAUUGGAUACUAGGUAGAACAGGAAACAGACAAGAGAUACAUUAUCUUAUCACAUCUACCUACCUUAGCAUGUAUCAUAUUACUAGGCAUCUAGCUAGAGGUGAUUCAGGUAAGUGCUAGGUAUGUAUCCCUGGACACCGAGUACGAGGCACCCGAAUAAAAUAGCAAUGAUUAUAUACCUACCUACCUAGGCUUAUUCUCUAUGAUCUGUUCUAUUAUAAACUCCACGGCUUAGCUUCAUCACCCCAAUACCAUACACGAAACCUACCUUCAAUGUCCUAUACUCUCAAAAUAACUCAAACCAUGUCUAAUAUAAUCCUCAAGCCAUCAUUUCCCCCCAACCCUAAUCCAUCCGUGGAUGCCGAGUCUCCCGAGACUCAAACCAUCAUCAAGUCUCUCUCGCUAAUACCGCACGUGGAGGGUGGCUACUUCGUCGAGACUGACCGAGACCCCCUUCUGAUCCCCUCUCCCUUCCCGCCCAACCCGGCAUCAUCUUUCAUGCCGCAAAGACCCGGCUUCGACCCAGCUGUCCGGAACGCCUCGACCACCAUAUUCUACUACCUAACUCCCCAGUCACCGCAGGGCUAUUUCCACCGCAACCGCGGCAGGACGGUGCACACGCUACACCAGGGACGCGGGGUAUAUGUACUCAUCCAUGCCGAUGAGCCGGACCUGCCGGGCGGCGGGAAGCGGGUCGAGACGUUCGUCGUCGGCCAUGAUGUUGCUAAGGGGGAGAGGCCACAGUAAGGAAGAAGCUUCCCUCUCUACCUACGUAAAAAGCUCGCUGUCAGAGCGGAAACUAACACUUUACUACCCACAAGGUGGAUUGUAGAGGGGGGCAAGUUUAAGGCCAGCUUCUUGUUGCCAGAUGAUGCCAGCGGUGCCGAGAAGACAAGCGGCGGCCUGUUGAUCUCCGAGACGGUGGUUCCGGGCUUCGAAUUUUGCGACCAUGAUUUUAUGGUUGCGGAUAGAUUAGUGCCGUUGGUGGGGGCCGAGAAGGCCGAAGAGCUGGGCUGGUUGGUUAGGAAAUCGUAGAUGGUAGUAGGGGAUGAGAGAAAAAGAAAAGACUGUUGUGAAGAGGGCAUUAUACUAUAGUAAGGGCUUGAGAUCUGGACUUCCCUCAAAAUACUUUCUUCGGAUGCUAAUCAUUCCAAAUUUGCUCACCUCUUGUUGCCAAAGUUUAUUUUGCGGAUUGACGAUUUCAUACAGGCACAUAUUCUCAAAUAGGGGGUUACCCCUCGGCAAUCCCCUUGUCUACAACCACAACCACAUCAUCGCUCCAUUCUAGGAUAUCCAAACUGCUUAUAUCGCCAUUU